AUGGAUUUAGUCGAAGAUACGAGUAUGGAUUUAGGUGACGAAGCAAAUACGAACCCAAUUGGUAGUGAAGAUGAAAGUCUAAAAGUAACCGAAGUAACUGAACCUCCAACGCUUGUCUUCUUUAAUUCAGGAUCUUCUACUGUGAACCCACGUACAACGUAUCUUAAACAUCGAUUUUCGUCAGACCGAUCUUGGCCUAGACAGUUAUAA